AUGCCUUACAUUAACAGUGGCUUUGCGAGGCACAGCCAAAAUGUUGUCUCAUUUCAUGCUCCGAUAAGCUCAGGCACUGGUCCACUAUGGCGAAAGCGCUUGGCCCCCCCUCUUCUCUCUAACAACCCCCUCGUGCAUGAGUCUGAGUCUGAGUCUGAGUUUGAGAAUUUGCCAUGGCUCUUGCACAUUCUAUACGUUGAGUGGCAGUAUCUUCUGGAGGAAAAAUAUUUCGAACAAAUCGAUGUUUUUGAACAGAGGAGCUCUGUGGGCGGUGCAUGGAAUUAUAGUCCCAGUUCAACCAAAGUCGGAUUGACAGCAACCGUUCCACAUGUCAAUCCCCACGAGCCAGUCGAGAAGCCAUCAUGGACUCGACAACCCGGAGGCAACUCAGAGGCCGUGUUCGUGUCUCCACUAUACGAUAGACUUGAAACCAAUAUUCCGAAGGAACUUAUGCGUUUCGCGGACAAACCAUUCCCGGCUGAAGCGCAGCUUUUCCCCAAGCACAAGUCGGUCAAACAAUACUUGGAGGAGUAUGCCGAAGAAGUCAAAACACUCAUUCAAUUCGAAACCCAGGUCGUCAAUGUCAAGUUGAGAGAUCCCGAGCUGAGUACGUGGGAUUUAACAACAGCGAAUCUUCACACAAGUGUUGAAACCACUCGCACAUAUGACGCAGUUGUGGUGGCCAGUGGGCAUUUCACGGUCCCAUACCUCCCGGACAUCCAGGGGAUUGAGACCUGGGAUAAAACAUACCCCGGAAUUAUUUCCCACUCCAAGUUUUACGACACGCCCGAGACUUUCCGGGACAAAAAAGUGGUCGUGGUUGGAAAUUCCGCCUCGGGACUUGACAUUGGUGCUCAAAUCAACGAAGUUAGUAAAGGCAAUAUACUUGUCUCUCAGCGCUCGGAAUCGUACUUGGCAGCUUCCGCGCCAGGAGACAAGAUAAUAUGCCCGGAGAUUGCCGAGUUUCUAUCUCCAGGUACGCACAACCGAGCCAUCAGAUUCGCCGACGGCAGAGUGGAAGAUGAAAUCGAUGCCGUGGUUUUUUGCACUGGCUACUUCUACUCAUACCCAUUUCUUUCGUCCCUCAAUCCCGCGGUGGUUACACAUGGCUGGCGAACGAGAAAUGUUUAUCAGCAACUUUUUUAUAUAGAUCACCCCACAUUGGUCUUCCCCGUUCUCUCGCAAAGAGUGAUUCCAUUCCCGAUCGCAGAGAACCAGGCGGCUGUUUUUGCUCGUGUCUGGUCAGCAAGAUUGAAGCUUCCAUCGAAAGAUGAUAUGCAUACAGCGGAAGAAGUGGAGGUGAAGACUAAAGGGGACGGGAAAGCUUUCCACUUGAUGCCGUUUCCCAUGGAUGCUGACUACCUUAACUUUCUCUACAACUGGGCGGCGAAGGCGGAACAGCGUCCAGCACUAGAUCAUGACGGACAGGGGAAAAUUGGGACAUAUUGGGGUGAGAGAGAGAGGUGGAUGCGAGCGCAUUUCCCUGACAUUAGACGAGCCUUUGUCCAGAAAGGCGCUCAGCGAAGCGAAAUUAGGACUUUGGUAGAGGUUGGAUUCGACUUUGACCAAUGGAAGCACGAUCAGGAGGAGGAGAAGAGGCAGGAAGAGGCAUGA